AUGGCGUUGCUUGUAGAGAAGACGUCGAGUGGCCGUGAGUACAAGGUCAAAGACAUGUCUCAAGCCGAUUUCGGUCGUCUCGAGAUCGAGCUCGCCGAGGUCGAAAUGCCUGGUCUCGUCUCUUGCGUUACUGAAUUCGGUCCUUCUCAGCCAUUGAAAGGAGCUAGAAUCACCGGAUCUCUCCACAUGACGAUCCAGACCGCCGUUCUAAUCGAAACCCUAACCGCUCUCGGUGCAGAGGUCAGAUGGUGUUCCUGCAACAUCUUCUCCACUCAGGAUCACGCCGCCGCCGCGAUUGCUCGUGAUUCCGCCGCUGUGUUCGCUUGGAAAGGUGAGACUCUUCAGGAAUACUGGUGGUGUACUGAGAGAGCUCUUGAUUGGGGUCCUGGAGGUGGUCCUGAUCUGAUCGUCGACGACGGUGGUGACGCUACGCUUCUGAUUCAUGAAGGAGUGAAAGCUGAGGAGAUCUUUGAGAAGAAUGGUCAGUUUCCUGAUCCGACUUCUACUGAUAAUCCUGAGUUUCAGAUUGUGUUGUCUAUUAUCAAAGAUGGUCUUCAAGUUGAUCCUAAGAAGUAUCACAAGAUGAAGGAGAGAUUGGUUGGUGUUUCUGAGGAGACGACUACUGGUGUUAAGAGGCUUUACCAGAUGCAAGAGACUGGAGCUCUCUUGUUCCCUGCCAUUAACGUCAAUGAUUCCGUCACCAAGAGCAAGUUCGACAACUUGUAUGGAUGCCGUCACUCUCUCCCUGACGGUCUCAUGAGGGCAACUGAUGUUAUGAUCGCUGGAAAGGUCGCUGUUAUCUGCGGUUAUGGUGAUGUCGGAAAGGGUUGUGCGGCAGCCAUGAAGACCGCUGGUGCUCGUGUCAUUGUGACUGAGAUUGAUCCAAUCUGUGCUCUUCAGGCUCUCAUGGAAGGUCUCCAAGUUCUGACCCUUGAGGACGUGCUCUCGGAAGCUGACAUCUUUGUCACCACCACUGGAAACAAAGACAUUAUCAUGGUAGACCACAUGAGGAAGAUGAAGAACAAUGCCAUUGUCUGCAACAUUGGUCAUUUUGACAACGAAAUCGACAUGCUUGGACUUGAGACUUACCCUGGCGUGAAACGUAUCACCAUCAAGCCACAGACCGAUCGGUGGGUGUUCCCGGACACCAAGUCGGGAAUCAUUGUUCUAGCUGAAGGUCGUCUGAUGAACUUGGGAUGCGCCACUGGACACCCGAGUUUCGUCAUGUCUUGCUCAUUCACCAACCAGGUGAUUGCACAGCUUGAGCUCUGGAACGAGAAGGCGAGCGGGAAGUAUGAGAAGAAGGUAUAUGUUUUGCCUAAGCAUUUGGAUGAGAAGGUAGCUGCACUUCACUUGGGCAAGCUCGGUGCUAGACUUACCAAGCUCUCCAAGGACCAAUCUGACUACGUCAGCAUACCGAUUGAAGGUCCCUACAAGCCUGUUCACUACAGGUACUGA